AUGGGAAAAUUCAGUUCGCCCGAAGAAGGGGCCGCGUCAGGCGACCUUUCCAACCUCACGCUGUACGAGAAGAAAUGCGUCCUCAUCAACCGUGAGAUCGACGCCAUAGGCAUGGGUUAUUACCAAUGGCUUGUCUGGGGACUCUGCGGAUUUGGUUACCUAAUCGAUCUCCUCUGGGCACAAGCAUUCGGGCUCGCACUGAGUCCGUUGCAGCAAGAAUUCGGUUUUGGGAGCGGUCAGACGGGAAAUAUCUCCUCUAGCUUCAGCGCUGGGCUCACAGCUGGUGCUUUCUUUUGGGGCGUUCUGGCGGAUAUCAUCGGAAGAAGAUGGGCUUUCAACCUCACCGUAUUGAUUUCAUCUGCGUUUGGACUAGGUCUCGGCGCCUCAGAUAAUUACACGACAUUUCUGGUAUUGACGGCUUUCGUCGGGUUCGGUGUGGGCGGAAACAUUCCUAUCGACACCACUAUCAUGUUGGAGUUCAUUCCUCAGAAUAAGCACUUCCUCCUCGCUGUCCUUUCUCUCUUUCAGCCCGUGGGCGUUGUGAUAUGCAGUGCCAUAGCAUUUGGCUUCAUCCCAACAAAGUCAUGCUCGCCCAACUUCUCCGAGCCCGGUGCACUGCCGUCAUGCUUCCAGGAAGACCUCGAGCCAGGCGUAGCAUGUUGUUCGCGUGAAUCAAACAUGGGGUGGCGCUACUUCUUAUACACUCUCGGUGCUAUUACUCUAUUUGUAUUCUUCCUACGUGCCGUCAUCUUCCGGCUGAAGGAGUCCCCAAAGUUUCUGAUAUACCAAGACCGUGACGCAGAAGCCAUCGAAGUCGUUCAACAUAUAGCCAAGAAGAAUGGACGUUCAUGCAACCUAACACUGGAGGACUUCGAAAGAUUGACUGGAGAAGACGACUCAAUAGGCUCAGCGUCAACUAAUAGUAGCGGUAAGACGAAACAAUUGGUAUUGACCCGAAAAGAACAAGUCUUUGCCGCAAUAAACAAAUACUCAGUACUGUUCAGUGGGUGGCAGAUGGCGAGACUCACAAUAUUAGUGUGGUUGACUUAUAUAUUCGAUUUCUGGGGUUUUACGGUUGCAGGCACUUAUCUUCCUCAGAUCCUCGCGCUCAAGAACGGCUCGGCCUCUAAAUCUCUACAAUUCACGUAUGCUUCGUACAUCUACACAUAUGCCCCAGGUAUACUAGGGGUCAUUCUUGGAGCUUUGAUGUACCGCAUCCCCUCUAUCGGACGCAAAUGGACCAUGGUUCUGGCCUCGGGACUUAUGGGAGCUUCAAUCUUCCUCUUUGCUGUGGUCGACACUGUGCCCAAGAACCUGGGUCUUUUCACGCUUGAGUACUUCUUCCAAAGCAUGUUCAACGCUGUCUUGUACGGAUGGACGCCAGAGGCCUUCCCAGCGUCUGUACGAGGUGGUGCUUGUGGAAUUGCUAGUUUUUGGGGACGCUUAUUCGGCAUCGUUAGCCCGCUGAUCGCGCAGAAACUAUACGCAACUUCGACGGACGGUAACUCGGGAGUUGGAGGUAAUAUAAAUACUGUCUUGUACCUCGCUGGUGGGAUUACUUUCGGUUGCGUGAUCACCACAUCGUUGCUACCGUCAAAGAAGCUGAGUUCGACGGAGGAGAGGUCAUAA